CGAUUAUUUUGAAAAUAAAUAUUUCAGCAAGUGCAUUUGUCGUAUUUCACUGAUUUUACAUAGAUCUACGCUAAUAUUUAAGAGCGGCUGUAUAAGAAAUGGGGGAGCGAAAAGGUCAAAACAAGUAUUACCCACCUGACUUUGACCCUGCAAAACAUCGAUCACUAGAUGCUUAUCAUGGCUCUCAUCCUCUGCGGGAACGAGCGAGAAAACUCAAGUCUCAGGGCAUCCUCAUCAUCAGAUUUGAGAUGCCGUAUAACAUUUGGUGUGGUGGCUGUAACUCACACAUUGGGAUGGGUGUUCGCUACAAUGCAGAGAAAUCCAAAGUUGGGAACUACUAUUCAACUCCUAUAUACAAGUUUCGCAUGAAAUGUCAUCUGUGCGACAACCACUUUGAGAUCCAAACAGAUCCUGCAAACUGUGAGUAUGUGAUACUUAGUGGCGCUAGGAGAAAAGAACAGAGAUGGGACCCCGCAGAGAAUGAGCAGAUUGUCACAGAAGAUCGUAAUGUAAUAAAAAAAAUGGUGAACGACCCCAUGUUUAAACUUGAGCAUGGGGAAACUGACAAAGUUAAGCAUAAAAAGUCCCUUCCAAACCUAGGAGAGCUAGCUUCCAUACAAGACCAAUACAGGGAUGACUACAUGCUCAAUAAAUUGGCAAGAAACAAAUUCAGGGGUGAAAAGAAGGCACUAGCAAGCAAGGAACUUGCAGAUAAAGUUCUCCUGGCCAAGUCUUCCCUAGAUAUAACCCUGGUAGAUGAGACACCAGAAGAUAGAAAGCUGGCCAGCUUAAUCAAGUAUAGUACUGUUAAAUCAUUCGAUGAAAAACAAGAGGAAAAUCGGAAAAUGAUUGAGAAAAGACCAAUAUUUGGCUCCCCAAUAUCUCAGUCUUCAAAUAGAUCGACACAGAAAAUUUUAGACACAAAGUCACGUCUGUCAAAGACAGUUAACAUAACCAAAGUAGAUCCAUUUAGUCCAAAAGCUACAAAGGACAAGCUGCAAUCUCUGGUGCUAGUAAAACAAGCAAAGAAAAAAACAGUUAGUAAUGACACUAACGUGGAUGAAAAUGAAAUAACAAACAUUAAAAUUGAUGAACCAAAAAAUUCUUCAAAUAUUUGUGACUCUUCAACGAUAGAAUCUAAUACUACAAAGACUGAAACUAGAGAAACAGAAAAUAGGACAAAACAUGAGACAUCAAACAGUAUGGAAGUUGAGUUUCCUGAAAAUAUGACAAGUUGCUCAGAUAUCACUGACAAAAAUGUUGAUCUACCCAAAGACAGUGUCAAAAGUGCAAUAAGGCAAACUUCUGCGAUGAACUCAUUGAUCUCAUACAGCGAUAGCAGUGAUUCAAAUUGUGAUUAACCAGAUGUAUUUGAAGUCAAUGUACAAUAUAUUUAUUCAAGAGAAUCAGACUCAAUCUGCUUGUUCUAGUUUUGAAUUACACUAUGAUCAUUUCCUUUACUCCAGCGGUUCUAUAUAUUUUGGAGGAAAAUGCGUAAAAGCUCAAAUACAUAACUUAUUCACAUACUUAAAUGCUUAAGGUGUCUGGGUUAACCUAAAUGAUCAAGCUAAAGGUGAUCAGAGCUAGCAAAGAACAGAAAUUCUAUCUGUCAAAAGCUUUUGAGCUCAUUCCCUUGUGAUGGCUUAUUUGCAAAGGUUAUUCAUGAAAAAUGAGAUUAAAACAUUUACGUCCCAAUAAAAAUCAAUUUGG